AUGGAGGGCAAAGGCCUCCUCAAAGUCCUCCUGGUGGGAAAGGGAGCACGAGAACACAGCCUGGCGUGGAAAUUGGCGCAGAGUUCAUCGGUUGCUCAUGUUUAUGUUGUCCCCGGGAAUGGCGGGACCGGCAGUCUCGACAAAGUCUCGAACAUCCGCUCGGUGGAGGCCUGGCCACAGACUACACAGGCCUGGUGGCUCUCGCAAAAGAGCUCGGGGUCGGGCUUGUGGUGGCUGGGCCCGACGAUGCUGUCGUGGAUGGAAUUGAGGGGUCACUACCAGUCAGAUAUGUAUAUUGAUCCGGCUGCAGCCGGAAUCCCUUGUUUUGCCCCCUCAAAGGAGGCGGCCGAAAUCGAGGGAUCCAAAGCCUUGGCAAAGCGCUUCAUGCAAAAGUACAAGAUUCCCACGGCCAGCUACCAGUCAUUUGACAGCUAUGACGCGGCUCAACAGUAUCUCAAUACAGUUGAUGCAACCAGGGUGGUCAUCAAGGCCGACGGCCUUGCUGCGGGCAAGGGCGUGAUUCUGCCCACAACCCAAGCCGAAGCUAAAAGCGCUCUUCGGGAAAUCAUGAUUGAUGCCAAGUUUGGCCCGGCUGCCGGGCGAUCAGUUGUUAUUGAAGAGUAUCUCGAAGGGGACGAAAUCAGCGUCUUGACCUUUACUGACGGGAAGACGUUCAAGUCGCUGCCACCGGGCCAGGACCACAAGCGCAUCUUUGACGGCAACAAGGGACCAAACACGGGAGGAAUGGGCGUGUACGCACCGCUGCCUUUUGUGUCGCCCGAGGUGAUGCAGGAGAUUGAGAGAGUUAUCAUCCGGCCUACUCUCGACGGACUCAGGGCUGAAGGUCGGCAGUUCACUGGGAUGCUAUUCACCGGUAUCAUGUUGACGGCAAAGGGCCCAAAGGUGCUCGAGUACAACGCAAGGUUCGGGGAUCCCGAGACCCAAACCAUGAUGAUGCUUCUGGCGCCCGAGUGCGAUCUCGCUGCACUACUCCUCGCUUGCUGCACGGGGAAGCUUGAUAUCAUGUCUCUCCCCAUCCUCCCUGGAUUCGCCUGCAAUGUCGUGGUUGCUGCGGGCGGCUACCCAGGGUCGUAUCGAAAGGGAGACAUUAUUUCUCUGGCACCGCACCCCGCCGGAGUCCAAGUCUUCCAUGCCGGGACGGAGAGAAACAGCGAUGGAGAGCUCAGAACAGCUGGUGGCCGCGUACUCAGUGUCGCGGCGUAUGGAUCCAGUCUCGAGGAAGCUGUCUCACUGGCAUACAGAGGGGUUGAAAGUGUCCAGUUCGAGGGCAUGUUCUACAGGAGGGAUAUUGCUUCACGGUAUGAGCCCAUUUACUACUGA